GUCGAACUCCACUUGCAGUGCCACAACACCUGUUACAAGUCAAGUGAACAUAAUUUAAAGUGUUAUAAAAUUAUAUUUUAACCCGUACUGGUGCGAGCUAGUGUAAAAUCGUCCCAAGGCACAAAUGCACGAAAUAUUCAAGGUAGUCUGUGCAACAGAAUUAAACGAGGCUAACUACUAAUAAAAAGUUAUCGUAAGUAAUUGUUAAAAAAUUCAAGACUGCUGUGAGCUAGACAUAUUAAAAAAAAUCAGCACCCACAAACAGCUGAAAAAUGGACAUCAGCGGGAAAAAAGAAAGAAGACACAGCAAUCCUAGAAAAGAUGCCAGUUUCUUUUCAAAAAUAACAUUCUGGUACACAGUUGAAAUAUUUAAAAAAGGCUUUAAACGCGAACUAGAAGAAGACGACCUUUACGAGGUGCUUCCUGAAUUUGAAUCAUGUAGCCUCGGAGAUCGAAUCGAACAUGAAUGGGAUCAACAAAAACAUCGACCAAAUGCGAUGUUUGUAAUACUUUUGAGAAUGUUUGGACCUUACUACUGCAUAUUAAGUUUAAAUAUGUUGUUUCACAUCACUUUCCAUGUCGUUCAACCAAUGAUAAUAAGCAGACUUGUUUUUCUGUAUGUACCUGGCCGAAAAGAACUGAAUGUAACGAACAUCUAUUUGUACAGUACACUUCUGAUACUGUUACUCAUUGCCGACGUGGUUUGCAGAGAGAAUGUUUUCUUUCUCACAGAAAACCUUAUCAUUAAGAUUCGCACUGCAUUUUGUACGCUCGUUUAUAGAAAAUUGCUAAAACUUCCAGGAAGUCGUCUGCAAGAUGUAUCCUUCGGGAACAUUACUAGCCUCAUAACUAGAGAUAUUAACGCUUUUGACCAAUUUUUUAUUAAUUUCAGUUAUGCAUGGAGUGGAUUUAUUAUAGUUAUUAUAACGUGUUGCAAUAUGUAUCAAAAUAUUGGUUUUCCGACAGUAAUUGUAAUUUUUGCGGUGGGUAUAUUGGUUUCAGUUCAAGUGUUAGCUGGAGUGUGGAUAGUUUUGUUCAAACAGGCGAGUUGUAAAAAAACAGAUAAAAGGAUUGUCAGCCUGCAAGAAAUUUUGCUAAAUAUGAGAAGUACUAAACUGUAUGGAUGGGAAAAUUAUGUGGCUAAGAAAUUAAUUACCCUCAGAAAAGACGAAACAAAUCUAUACCUUAAAAUUGUUAUUGUUUUAUUCACUUCGAUAGUGUCUGGAAUAUCAGUCACUAAUGUAACAUUUUGUUUAGUUCUGAUGAUGUACAAUUGGUUUGGUCAACAAUUAUCAGCAGAAACUAUAUACUUUAUUAAUGGUGCUUUUAUAAACUUAUCUUACAACUUUAGUGUGAUUGCUCCAUAUUCAAUAUUUAUGGGCGCACAAGUAAUUGGUGCUGUUAAAAGAAUGCAAACUUUAGUUCGACAACUGGAAACAGAAAAGAAACCACCAAAAUUAUUGGAAACUCUUCACCCGAGAAUUGAACUGAAAAAUGUUGCUGUCACUGUCGAGAAUAGAAUAAUUUUUGAAGACGUUAGUUUUGAUACAGAUAAAGGAUUAACUUUAGUUACUGGAGCUGCCACCAGCGGCAAAAGUAUUCUCUUAAUGACUCUUUUAAAAGAAAUUGAAAUAUCCAAAGGAGAAUUAAUUGUUGAAGGAAGGAUGUCGUACGCACCUCAAGAACCGUGGUUAUUUCCUUCAACUAUUAAACAAAAUAUCAUAUUUGGAAGCGAGUAUAACCCUAAACGUUAUCGAGAUGUGAUCAAAGCGUGUGAUCUACAAUAUGAUUUCGAUUUGUUAGAAGACGGAGAUUCAACCGUGGUGGCUGAUCGUGGGAUUAACUUGAGUAAAGGACAGCAAAGCAGGAUAAAUAUAGCUAGAGCUAUAUAUAAAAACAGCGACAUCUAUUUAUUAGAUGAUUGUUUGUCUAGUUUGGAUCCACUAGUUGCACGAUUUAUUUUUACUACCUGUAUAUUAAAAUUUUUGCGCAACAAGAUCGUAUUUUUAGUCAGUCAUAAUACAAAUUUAAUGCCAUAUGCCACUAAGGUUCUAAAAUUAAGUAAUGGAUGCGUGGAGUCAAAUGAAAAUACAUGUAUACAAAAAGUUGAUGAUUUAGAACAGAUUAGUAUUUCAAAGGGCAAAAUAUGUUACAAUAAUAAUGAACCUGGAAACGGAGAUUAUGGAAUUUCUGAUGAGAAAACGUUGCUUGCCGCAGAAACGGCGAAGCGAGUGUAUGGCGAAAACAAAAAUACGGGAUCUGUAUCUUUCCAAAUUUACAAACAAUUUGUAAAUUUAGGUGGUGGAAAAUUUUUGUUAAUUAUAUUCGGUUUUUUUCUGCUAACUCAGUUAUCUUUGAGUGUUAAAGAAAAUUUAGUCCGUGACUGGGCUAACUUGGAAGAUGAAAUAUUGGAAACAAAUAACAGUAGUGCAAGUAGUUCUCACUACGUAACUUUACUACAAGAACGUAAUGUUUUGAAAUUUAAAUUUGUUCUAGCAGUAACUGUACUGUGUGCUACUACAAUGAUCAGAGCAACGACACUGUUUGUUUUUUGUAGAUCAGUAUCAAUUAAGUUACACAAUAAGAUGCUUAAAAAUAUUCUCAAUGCCUCAAUGAGAUUUUUUGAUACAACAUUUAUAGGAAAUAUGGUCAAUAGGUUUUCAAAAGAUCUGGCUAAUAUUGAUGAAAAUAUUCCAAUUCCUAUUCAUCAUUUAACAGCGAUUAUUUUCGAAAGUGCUGGAAAUCUAGUAAUUAUAGCUUCCACAAAUGUGAGACUGUUAAUACCAAUUUUCCUACUUUUCAUAAGCUUUGCACUGUUAAGAUAUAUUUACGUAAAAACUGGAAGACCGCUUAAACGAUUAGAUGCUUCAACAAAAAGUCCAUUGGUUGGUUAUUUAAAUGCCACAUUGGAAGGAUUAGUCUCGGUCAAAGUUUUCCAAGCAGAAAAAGUUUUGAAAGAAGAAUUUGAAAAAUAUCACAAUGUUUAUAAUUCUGCCUCAUUUUUACACGCUGCUUGCUUAAAGGCCUUCGUAUUCGCUUCAGAUCUAUGUGUAUCCAUUUUCGUCACCAUAGUCGUUUUUCAGUUCGCAAUUUUCAACGAAGGUGUUUUACCAGCAGACUUUGGACUUGCAGUUUCCCAGGCAUUCAUCAUGGGAACAACACUGUAUUUUGGACUGUACAAAGGAGUUGAAAUAGAAACGCAAAUGACUUCGGUGGAACGUGCCAUUGAAUACACCACAGUGAAAAACGAACCAAAAACGGGUUUAGAAAUUAAAGACUGGCCUAAAAGAGCGGAUGUUGAGUACGAAAAUGUGUCCUUAUCAGUAGAUAACUCAAAAACUUGCGUGCUCAGAAAUAUAAACUUUUCCAUUAAAUCACCAGGAAAGAUAGGAAUCGUCGGACGUACAGGUGCUGGAAAAUCAUCUAUAAUUAGUGCGCUGUUCCGCUUAUAUGAAUUUGAUGGCAAAAUCGUCAUAGAUGGCAUUGAUAUUAAAACUUUAUCGUUAAGUUUUCUCAGAACUCGUAUUUCCGUAAUACCACAAGAUCUGAUACUCUUUGACAGUUCUCUUCGAGAUAACAUAGAUCCGGGACAAAAAUACAAAGAUGAAGUGAUAUGGAAUGUUUUAGAAACCGUAAAAUUAAAAGAAUCUUUGGAAACGUUGGACGUGAACAUUAAAGAAAUGAACUUAACUUGCGGUCAGAAACAACUGAUUUGUUUGGCUAGAGUUUUGGUAUCUAAUAACAAAAUCUUAGUACUGGAUGAGAUGAUCGAAAACGUCGAUUUUGAAACAGAAAAUCUAAUCUCUACUGUCAUCAACAAACAUUUUUCGUCGUGCACCGUCAUUAAAAUAGCUCACAAGUUAAAAUUUGUAAUGGACUGCGAUAGAGUUUUAGUAUUAGACAAAGGUGAAAUUGUUGAAUAUGAUAGUCCCAAAUCUUUGUUACAAGACAAGACAGGGCUGUUUUAUAAAAUGGUUCACAGUUCUAACCUUCAAUAGAUGGCUUUAAAUAUCGUAAGUGUUAAAUUUAGC